UAUCUAUGAAAUUUUCGAAAUUUUUGAGCAUAAAGUAACCAUUCUAUAGUAACUUGACAAGAAAAGUUAAGUUUAAAGCGAAAUAAUUUAAUGAAUGACAUUAUUGUUUCGAUAAUUCUCAAUGCUGAAAUUUGUGUGUGUCAGCUUAUAAUUUGAAAAAUGACAACCGUCACUUUUCCGCACUAGUGAAACUUUCUAAACUAAAACGCGGAAAAGUCCGCACACUUGUAGAAAAAAUAGUUAUUUUUCUCUGAAUGACAUUAAAAGUGGCAAAAACGGACACAGCUUUUUACACCUUCUGAGCCUAUCAAGUGUCAUUAGAAACACUUGACAGGCUCAGAAGGUGUAAAAAGCCAUGUCAGUUUUUGUCAUCUUUUUUGUUGAUUUGCUCCGAAAUUUUGACAGGCACAUGACUGGAUCAGAGAGUUUCAAUUUACAAACCACGUGCCUGUCAAAUUAUCAGAACAAAUCGACGAAAAAGAUGACAAAAACGAACACGGCUACUAUACAACAUUCCAGGUAAUAAUUUGUAUUGAACUGGUUAUUGAAUUUGACAAUGACAUUAAAGUAAACAAAAAAUUUUUAACAAAUGUGAUCAGUGCAAUUAAUAAAUGCUUAUAAAAAAGUGGAUUAUGAGUGAAAUUGGAACAGAUUCAGAGAAAAAAUUUAUUGUUCCACACAUUAGAAACUCAGAUUUAAUGCUGAUUUUCUGCUGUGUGAAACAUAAAAAAACGCUUUUAAUGUCAUUCGGAGAUUAGAAUAGCUAUUAAAUUAAAUAUUUAAGUAGGCACAUCCAUAUUCCAUCCGAACUAUAAUGGCAUCACCCAAUAAGACUUGGACAGUUGUUUGUUUUUAUUAUGUUAGUUUUAUUUCCCAAAUACAAUAUAAUUGAAUUUUUUUUAUUAUUGUUACAUGUGACGCUUUUAUAUUGAUCUUGACAAAAAUAUGUCUUCGCCCAAUAAAACCUGGACGGUUGUUUUUAUUUUACGGCCGACGAGACUGUGGAAGCAGUCCCAACCAGAUGGAUCAAUGGGGAUGAUUGUCUGUGGCCUGCUGUCCCAGCUGAAAAACUUAACAUGUUUAUCAAAAACUGUGAAUUCAAUUCUUGCUGGCCAUCGCACAAAGUGCGAACAUUCAGAAACGCAACCUAUGAUAACUAUAAAAUCGCAAGAGCCAAAGCGAAUAAAGCUGAAACUACUAGCGAUCUAAAUACAGAUAUAGGAGAAGAUACGGAAAAUGUACCAAUCAAAAGAUUCAGGAGGAAAAAAUAUUUAUCUUCGUCUGACUCUAGUGAGGAUGAGCCACUAAUAUUAAAAAAAAAAACAAAAAAUAGUCAAAAAUCUGCCUCCUCCACCAUCUUGGACAGAUGUGAUCAUGGAUGAAGACCCAAUUAGUGAAAUAAAUAAUAAUUUUAAUAAUUCACAGCCCAAUUAUUUAGAAGAACGAGUCACAGACGUUUCUAACUCGCAACAAUUGACAAGCUCUCCGCCAUCAACAAGCUCUCAGCCAUCAACAAGUUCUAGGACACCGUUACUACAGGUGCAGCCAGUAGGUAGUCCUAGAACUCCUGUGCAAAUGAUUCAGGAAAACAUGAAUAAAACAUCGAAAGGUUGCUGCUGUAACCCGAAGCUUUUGUACAACAUACAAUCUCUAUUAUUAGAAAUAAAUGCUAAAGUUGGAAAAUGUAAUUGUCAUAUUUUCAAGGAAGAAGUUAACAAUAACAUUUUGGCAGAAUCACAACAAGAUUUCCCCAUUUCUUCCAGAGAAAAUUUCAAGGAAUUUGAAAAAUUCCUAUCGAUCGUUUCUAAUUAUACAGCCUUGGUAAAUAUGUUCUCAUUCCACAAUUACUUCCUAAGCAUGCAUAAGUAUCUUUCGUUUUCAUUUUCCAAUUUCAGGUUCAGUUAUUCUCCAAACUUGGGGGCAUCAAUAUAUAUGAGUUUAUAAAACGAUGCAUUGCACCCAUAAUAAAGGACACAUUAGCAGAAGAGUUUUCCUUUUUGGGUAAAAAAGGAAAAAAUACAUUUGGCACCACAUUUUUGGCUAAAGCAGUAAUUGGUAAAUAUUAUUAAAAUAAACAUACCUACAUAUUUAAAUGCCUUUUGAUAUUUUAAAUCAUUCCAGAAACUAGGUUUCUUUUUCAGGAGCAUUAGAAAAGUAUACAGGGUUCCAACUAUUUCAUAUUUCAUAGGAACGGAACAGUAUUGCUAUCUUGGGAACGGUUAAAGUUACGAGAGCGUUUAAAUUAGAAAAAAGUUGCUAUUUUUGAAUAAUAUUGAAAAUAUUUAUAAACAUAUAGCUCAUUGGAAAAAGUAUUAUAAGGAAAAAUAAAACAAAACAAGCGUGAGUAGGUGCGAAUCACCCGUCUCUCUCUAGACCCAAAUAUCACAGUAUUUUUAUAACAUAUUAAUCACAGGUAUAUAGGUAAAAAUUCAAAAUAUCACAGGGCUUAAGUUUGGUAUACAAUAGAGAGUAGAAAGGGCUAAAAUGGGUAAAAUGUAAAAUCACAAUAAAAUAAACAGAUAAAAAGAAAUAUAAAAAGAAUACAAUAAAAUAAACAGGUAUAAAAAAAAAGGGUAAAUAAAAUCAGCAAACACACAAAAUAUCACGCAGUUAAAUAAGACAUAGAAUCACAGCUCGACUAAUUGGUAUUAGCGUGUGCCAGUAACGUGCUCCACAUAGAUGUCCCUAGACCACCUGAUGACAUCACUGCACAUUAGCUUACGCAUAAGUUUGGCGUAACGCUGAGAAACAUUGCACUGACGCAGGACGGCCUCAUUGUCCUGGUCCCAGGAUCCAAGGGCACCCACAAUAAAAGCAUCCAGAGUCACGGUUUUGCCCUGCGCCUCCAGCUCCGCAACCAGUGGCAGGUAUUUUUCUCGUUUUGUUUGCCUGGCUCUUUGCAGAGACUCGACGCCAUUUUCGAAUGGUAUUGUGACGUCGAUGAUGGUUACUUGGUUGUCUUUAGUCACCACAAUGUCAGGCCUGACGUUGGUGGUUGUAUUUGGGACGGUUCGGUUUACCAUUACCU